AUGUCUGCCAUCGACGUCCACCACCACAUCUUCCCCGCCGCCCUCCCCAAGGCCGCCCUCUCCCGCGCCGUCGGCUUCCGCACGCCCCCCGCACACCUCCCCUGGUCACCCGCCCUCAGCCUCCGCGCCAUGGACGCCCUCGGCGUCGAGCUCGCCGUUCUCUCCGUCCCCACCGGCCACUUCCCCGACGACGUGCGCGCGCUCAACGACCAGAUGCGCGCCGCUUGCGUCCAGCAUCCGGGCAGGUUCGCGUUCUGGGGGUGUGCCGGCGAUUUGCGGGACACCAAGGGUGCGCUGGACCUGAUCGCGUACGCGCUGGACGACCUCGGCGCAGUCGGCAUCGCCGUCUCCUCCGUCUACGGCGAAGCGAACGACGCCAAAUACCUCGGCGACGACGUCUUCGAUCCGAUCUGGGAAGAGCUGGACAGGCGCGACGCCGUCGUCUUCCUCCACGGCGCCCAGACGCCCUCCUCCACGCCCUUCCCGAGCGACCUGCUAGGCAUCCCCAUCACAGAGGUCCCCAACGAGACAUUCAAAGCCAUCGCCCACCUCGUCGUCGCCGGGAAAACAACCCGCUUCCCCCGCCUCGCCUUCGUCCUCGCCCACAUGGGCGGCACCGCCCUCGCCCUCGCGCCGCGCCUCGCGGGGCUCGCGCGCUACAUGGGCGCCGCCCUCGACGAGACGCACAUCCUGCGCGAGCUCCGCCGCGCGUGCUGGUGGGACACCGCGCUCAGCGCCGGCCCGGGCCCGCUCGCCGCCGCGGAGGCGUGGGGCGUCGGCGCGCGCGUCGUGUGGGGGAGCGACUUUCCCGCCGUCCCGCUCGAGACGAUACAAUGGUUCGAGGCGGGCUUGCGUGCGUUCUACGCGCCGAAGGACGGCGCGGGCGACGACGCGAGGCUGAGAGGGAUAUAUCGGGAGCACGUCCUCGAGCUCUUCGCUUCGCGCGGCAUCGACCUGUUCGCCCUCGCUCCGGCCGCGAAGUGA